UGUACAUGUGUACCAUUUUGAAUAAUUAGGCAAAAAACUAGCAGAUAAAUGUUUCAAGGAAAUGUAAUCCUUUUUUUCCUCCACGUAACUGGGCUUGGUUGGAAACAUAGCUGGUACGUAAAACAUCUUGAUAGUUAAACAGCGUGAACGUCAUCUCCGCCAUGACGAUUACAACCCGGAAGUUACAGUUCACGAGCUGCUCUGUGUUUUCAAAAACUGUUCGCCACAAACGUGUCUCCGUGAAACGUUUUCAUGUGGCCUCGCCGCAGAUAUGCCUCGGUACUGCGCCGUGAAAGUCUGCAUGAACCGCGGAGGAACUGCAUCCAGAGAGGACAACAGGAGAAUCAGCUUCUACCCGUUUCCCCUGCAGGACAAACCCAGGCUGCAGAAAUGGGUGGACAACAUGAAGCGGGAGGAGUGGACCCCGAGUCGACAUCAGUACCUGUGCAGUGAGCAUUUUACCGAGGACUGCUUCGAUAUUCGCUGGGGCAUCCGUUACCUAAAGAACACAGCCAUCCCAACCAUUUUCCCCUCCGCCGAGGAUGUAUGUAUCUGUCAACAUCUGUCACAGCUCCCACAUGACGACGGUGAAAAAAAAGUGCCCGCCAUUAAAAGGAGCCCCAAGGCCAAACCCAGGAUCUUAGACAUUAACAUCGAGCCCACGGGAUUUGACUCUCCUGUCAGCAAGAGGCCUCUCAUUUUGAGCAGGACAUGCAAAAAGGCGCAGUUGAUUACAACAAGCAGCAUUGCUGCUGAACACACAGAGGUGACAUUUGAACCACCUCUGGUGUCGGCCACUGGCUUUUCCUGUCCGUCAAAUCUCUCAGAGAUACAGACUGCUGCCUGUGAGACACCAGGCGACAGUGGAGUGCCGACAGCGUCCUGCCUCGCACUCUCCCCAUGCAUUGAGCCCCACUCUGAAGAGCAGGCUGACUCGACCGUGACUGUGUUGUGCUGUGAGACGUCUGGCCCUUUUUCCGACAGAGACGCAAACGUGGAUGCCGUUGCCCUCCAAGCCGCGCUGGGACAGGCUUUCAGCUUUGUCCCUGCAGAAAUGGUCACGGACGAGCCCGCAGGCUGCUUUUUGGAGGAGACGGGACCCGGUGAGGGAGAUCUCAUUUCCGUUUAUGAGCACUCGUACUGCAGACCAGACACAGACAAAGAUCAGCUUUGGAGUAAGAUCUUGGGUUUGCAUGCAAAGAUUUUGGAACUGGAUCGCAGGGAGGAGAGCACCGUGGCCAAAAUCCGUGCUCUGGAGACUGAGAUAGCCCUCCUGAAGAGAGACGGUGCUGUUUUUAAAGAGAAGCAGAAAGUUUUAGAAGAAUAUAUAUCGUCCAUGUUGCUCUGACUCUGCAAAUAAUUACAAGCUAUGGACUCCAAAUGCGAUUUUGAAUGUGUGCAUGCAUUUUUAAUUGUUACCAUUGAGUCACUUUUGCUGAUAUGUUGCACAUGCCCCCAUAUGUUAAGCACAGUAGCACUAAUUAUGUGUUAUAAAACUCUUGUGGUACUCAGUGUUGCAACAUUGCUCUCUCAUUUCCAUAUUACAGUUGUAUAUCUGUUUUUGUCCACAUGAGGGCACUGUAUGACCAUCUCUGCAGGAAGUGUGUAGCUCCUUGCUGUGCAUUACUGAUACAUAACCAAGAUUUUCUCCUCGGAGACUACAUGAUUGCCUCUGUGAUGCAGUACGCAUCCUACGCUAUUGAUGGCUUUUUGCUGUUUUUACUCCACAUUGCCAUCAGUCUGUUGUAUUUUAUCAUCUGGUCUGUGUUUGACAGUUGCCUUUCUUACAGGUUCUUGGUCCAUUAUAUGUAAUUUCAUGGUGCUAAACUGCUUUUUUCAAAUGGAGUUUAUGUUUGUACAGGCCACCAUGGAUUAGUUCCUUGAUAUACAACUGCCUAUUUCCUCUGAAGCUCUAUGUAUUUGGCUGGAACUGCUACUGUUUGUUACACCAAUACACUUUAAAUCAAUUCUUUUUGACCAUGUUCAAAUGACACCAUUCAUAUAUAAUGACGCGUGUGUCCUGGAAUCGCUGGCAAUCAUGUCCAUGGAAACAGAGGCUCAUGUUAUGCAGUGCCGUGCUUGAUUGCCCGCCUUUCUGUGCAAUCUCCUGCAAGUGGAGGAUAACGUGGUUACAGAAAUAUCAGUGAUGGAUUUGAUUUGAAGUAGAAUAAAGUGUAUUUUAAAAGUGUUUCCUCGAGCAUGUGCUCCUAUUGGGGCUGUGUUCGUGUCCACUUCGUCCCUUUGGAUUGUUGUAAACCUCACAGUGACAUGAUCGUGAA